ACGCUCCCACAAUGCCGCGGCGCCCGGCCCCGUUACCAGGCAGCUCGGGCCGCGGCAGGGCCGGGAAGGGGCGGGGCGAGGUGCCCCGAGCACAGCUGAGGGGAGCUGGCAGUCGGGAGCCGCGCGGGCAAAGCUGAGGAGCCGCAGUGCUGGAGCCGCCGCUCGCGGUUCUGUAACUGGAGAUUCAAGAAAUAUCUGAUCCAGGACUUCGUGCAUUCUUGUUUCCCUCUCCUGUAGAUCUUAACUGGUAAGGGGAGUCAGCCCUGUCAUCUUUGGUGUAACUGUAAACAUGACUUGACCGGUGAUUACAUUCAUGGCUCUUGGCUGAUCUGGUGAACCAUGGAGCUCAAAGUAUGGGUGGAUGGAGUCCAAAGAAUCGUUUGUGGGGUCACUGAAGUAACAACUUGCCAGGAUGUUGUGAUAGCCCUUGCUCAGGCUAUAGGUCGCACCGGAAGAUACACAUUGAUAGAAAAAUGGAGAGACACAGAGAGGCACCUGGCACCUCAUGAAAAUCCAAUAAUUUCAUUGAACAAAUGGGGACAGUAUGCAAAUGAUGUUCAGUUAAUAUUACGUCGCACAGGACCAUCUCUCAGUGAGAGGCCAACUUCAGACAGUGUUGCUCGAAUCCCAGAAAGAACUUUGUAUCGGCAAAGCUUACCUCCAUUAGCCAAGCUAAGACCUCAGAAUGACAAAUUGAUAAAAAGAAGAGAGCCCAAAAGGAAAUCUUUGACCUUCACAGGGGGUGCAAAAGGAUUAAUGGACAUUUUUGGCAAAGGUAAAGAAUCUGAUUUCAAGCAAAAGGUGCUCAACAAUUGUAAGACAACAGCAGAUGAGUUGAAGAAACUGAUACACCUCCAGACUGAGAAACUUCAGUCCAUUGAGAAACAGUUGGAGUCAAAUGAGGCUGAAAUUCACUACUGGGAGCAGAAGUAUAAUUCCAGCCUGGAAGAGGAAAUUAUCAAGCUCGAGCAGAAGAUCAAAAGGAAUGAAGUGGAGAUUGAAGAGGAGGAAUUCUGGGAAAAUGAACUGCAGAUUGAGCAAGAAAAUGAAAAGCAGCUGAAGGAACAACUCCAGGAGAUCAAGAAAAGGAUUCUGGAGUGUGAGAUUAAGUUAAAGGACUGCAUGGCUCAAAUUCACAACAUGGAAAGUGGCCUCGAGGCAGAGAAGUUGCACCGUGAAGUUCAGGAGUCCCAAGUGAAUGAAGAAGAGGUCAAAGAAAAGAUUGAGAAGGUGAAAGGUGAAAUUGACAUUCAGGGCCAACAAAGUCUAAGGUUGGAAAAUGGCAUUAAAGCUGUGGAAAGGUCAUUGGGCCAAGCCACCAAACGAUUGCAGGACCGAGAGCAAGAACUGGAACAGCUAACAAAGGAGCUGCGACAAGUAAAUCUCCAGCAGUUUAUCCAGCAAACAGGAACAAAGGUCACAGUGCUUCCUGCAGACCCUAUCGAAAUAGAGGCUUCACACGUAGAGCUUGAAAGAGAGAUGACAUUUCAGUCUGGGUCCCUGAAGCGUCCUGGUUCAUCAAGGCAGCUCCCCAGUAAUCUUCGUAUUCUGCAGAAUCCUCUGUCAUCUGGUUUUAACCCUGAGGGCAUUUAUGUAUAACAGUAGAUACCUCUUUUGGAGAGGACCUACAAAGGUAUCCUGGGCAUAAUUUUUUUUUAUUUCACCGAUGCUGAAUGGAAGAAGGUUUUCCUUUCUGUUGGGCCACCCCACAUUGUUUUUUCAUUCUACACACCACUUGGAGCCAUACCCUUGUGCACUGAUAUGUUAAAGAACAAAGGAACCAUGUUGAUACACAGUUGAUGACGGUGACAUUCUGUCCAACACCUAUUGUGUAAAAGCUUUAUUACUGCUACUUCAGAAGCAUUUAGAAAAGUAUUAUUCUAUGUAUACGCAUAAAUAAAAACACUGACUGAGCAGAGUGAAGGAAACCACAUAUGCAGUGGAUAUAAGGUUUAAUUUAUUCCGUUUAAUCAAUGACUGUGUGAAUGUUGACCUUUUAAUAUUUUUUUUUAUUUUAUUGCUUUUAACUUGUGACUGAUUAUGUAAUGUUGUAUUUCUCAGUUUGACAAAUAUAUAUAUUUUUUUUUUUUCUUUUUGCUUGUGCAAGCAUCCAGCAUUUCAUCACAUAUCAAGUCUCAACCACAGGAGUGUUGUGGAGGUGCUGUAUCGCCAAGAUGGUCUUUAACAACUGAUUGUGUGUGCUGACAUUGUGGAUUAUGAUACAUCCUGCCCUUUGCUAUCUUUGAAGGCCAAACUGAGUUUGGAGGAUUCAUUUCCUAUUGAUUUCUGCUUUGAGGAAUGGAUAGUUCAUUCAAAAGAUUAUGGAAUUUAUACCUGGCUUGAUAUGAGUAUAUUCAAUGUCUGAUUGAAGAUGCACUAGCUAGACCAUAUUUUUUUAUAUAGAAUGCCUAUUUCAGAUAUUUUGCUAUGUUGUAUAUGCCUUUAAGAAACAAACAAUGUAAGUAAGGAGUCUUCAUCAUAUCUUACAAAAAGAGUUUAAAAAAUUUUCAGUGUAUUUUUACUCUUCUCCCCCCCCGGCCAUUACAAGGUUCUUGUUUUGAUGUUGCUAAAAAUAAAAUCUGUAAUUCAAAAAAAUUCUCUCAAAGCAUGGUGAGUGUAUAGAAUCCUGGUCCCAUGGAAGUUGGCAGCACCAGAACUUCUGCCAGCUUCACUGAAGUCA